AUGGUCGUCUGCCGCAUUGAGAGAGCCAUCCAUGCCAAAGAACUGUGCCUCGGCACCUUUAUUGACAUCGAGGGCGCUUUCGACAAGACCCACUUUACCAGCAUAGGGAAUGCCUUGGAUUGCCACGGCGCGGAACCCGGACUAACAAAGUGGAUUAUGAACAUGCUAAACAAAAGAACUAUAAGGUAUGCAGGUGAACCGCAGGCCGUGGCGGCGGUGCGAGGAUGCCCUCAAGGGGGAGUCCUGUCACCUCUGCUGUGGAACCUAGUAGUCAACAACCUUAUAACCAAACUGAACGAGGAACACUUCUACACAAUAGGCUACGCUGAUGAUCUGGCAAUAUUAAUAUCAGGUAAAUUUGCCAGUACAGUCUGCGAUCUCACCCAGGCUGCUCUUCGGAUUGUAGAACGCUGGUGUAGAGAAUUCGACCUAUCAGUCAACCCCACCAAAACAGAAAUGUGGGUGUUGUGUCAGUUGAGUAAGGGUUCGGAGCCAGUUGUCGAGCUGUCGACCUUGUGGGAGAAGCACCGGGCGCCGGCCGCGGCCGUCCGUAGGAUGGGAACAGGUGAUCGUCUACUGGACAUCCCCUGUAACGUUUGCGGUGACAGAAGCUCUGGCAAGCACUAUGGAAUCUAUAGCUGUGAUGGUUGUUCCGGCUUCUUCAAGCGAUCGAUCCACAGGAACAGGGUGUACACGUGCAAGGCGGGCGGAGAGAUGAAAGGCCGGUGCCCUGUGGACAAGACCCACAGGAACCAGUGCCGCGCCUGCCGGCUCGCCAAGUGCUUCCAGGCCAACAUGAACAAGGACGCAGUCCAGCACGAGCGCGGGCCGCGCAAGCCGAAACUGCACGUGGGCGCGCUUGCGCUGCCCCCGCCGAUGGCGCACGCGCACAAGCCGCACGCGCUCAAGCUGUCACCACCCUCGCCGUACGCACCGCUGCCUUCCUUCAACUUCCAAGUAAGAUCUUCGUGUCACAUACAAUGCGAAGCUUCACGUGGCGCGCUGGCGCUGCCGCCGCCGAUGCCGCACGCACACAAGCCGCACGCGCUCAAGCUGUCACCACCCUCGCCGUACGCACCGCUGCCUUCCUUCAACUUCCAAGUAAGAUCUUCGUAUAUACAUCCAUGGAACUUUAUUUGCACACUUAAAUUUAGCUGGUCUCAAGGCUCACGUAUUACUUGUAUUGUACAGUUCAAUAUGAGCAGCAGCAUGAGUGAGGCAGCGCCGCUAAGCGCGGCGUCGUCAGCAGGGUCAAGCGGCGCUGGCGGAGCGGGCGCCGUCAGUCCGCUGCCUUUAGUUCCCGAGCCAUUCCUGCCACCGCCGCCAUUGCUGCACAUGCUCAUGUCCAGCGACAAGUGCCAGGAACUGAUGUGGAGCGCUAAGCAGCUGCAGCUCCAAGGCGACCCCUCACUCCUUCGGCCUCCGCCGACCGCCUUUGGUGCUCCGCUGGCGCCUACAUGGGAACUUUUACAAGAGACGAGCGCUCGGCUGCUAUUCAUGGCAGUGCGCUGGGUGCGAUGCCUGGCGCCGUUCCAGGCGCUGACGCCCGCAGACCAGCUGGUGCUACUCCGCGCCGCGUGGAAGGACCUGUUCCUACUACACCUGGCGCAGUGGUCAGCGCCUUGGGAUCUGGCGCCCCUCUUGGCCGCGCCGGCGGCCCGCGCUCGUCUGCCGCCCGACCCGCUGGCCGAUCUGGAGCUCAACACACUGCAGGAAAUACUAUGCCGUUUUCGGCAGAUAGCGCCCGACGGUAGCGAGUGCGGCUGCAUGAAAGCAAUCGUGUUGUUUUCGCCAGAUACUCCUGGCUUGAGUGAGACGCAACCAGUAGAGAUGUUGCAAGACCAGGCGCAGUGUAUCCUCGCCGACUACGUCCGCACAAGAUAUACAAGACAACCAACGAGAUUCGGGCGCCUGCUGCUGUUGCUGCCGUCGCUGCGGGCGGUGCGCGCGCGUUCCAUCGAGCUGCUCCUCUUCCGAGACACCGUGGGGGACGUGUCCGUCGCCACCUUGCUCCACGACAUGUACCGAAUGCAGCCGGCGCCAGCACCGGCCUUUGGGCCGCUGCACCCUCCUCCAACUGAACAUUGCGCUUCUCCUUAGAAUUGAAGACAACAAACUGACUUUCUCCAG